UGGGUUUCAGACCAGGUGACUGAAAUGCCUCCAUUCCGUACUUAUUUUUAAAGGCAGGUUGUAUAUCAUGUUAACUUGUGAAUAUUGCUGUAAAGCUUUUCCUGUGAGAAAUAAUGUGUAUGGCUCUUUGGGAGUGCUUGUAACACAAGUGCUGAUGUUUUAAGGAGGAAGGGUGUAGUUGCUUGCUGGAGAGCUGUAAUUGGUGGUGUUUGCAGACAGGUGGAAAUUCAGAAGGAGCUGAAUUGCACAGUGGUCAUUUCUUUACUAGGAAAGCCUUCCUAGUUAGGAGAGCUCCUGGCCUUGGUCGCACUGCAGCACACAGAACUGAGGUCAGCAUGCUGCCCUGGGAGCACUGCCUCUGACUGCUUUUGGUGGAGGAUUGUUCUGUGUGUGGAUUUGUCAUCUGCCAAGUUGUGCACUUGUUUUAUGGCUGUUAUGUUAUUGUGAAUCUUUAUUGCUUUCUUCUCAGACUCCCAUUGGUUCCAGAGGAAAUUCGAGUGCUUAAGGAAUCCAACCCAUCUUCAUGUUUCUUUUGAUUUGAAUAUUUAUGUUUGUAGUGAAAAAGAUUUUCUGACUUUAUAAUGUUCACUGUUAAUGGAGCUAAGAAAAGCAAGUUAGUCCCCUACAGCACUUCAUCCAUAACAGAGUGUUUGCUGUGCUAGGUAAUAGGAUUCACAGCAGCCACCCUCAGCCUGGUGGGAUGUUUGUGUGUUUUGUAUUUCCUUUGUUAAUCUGCAGGGGAGCAGGCUGCUUCAAUGAGGCUCCUGAGUUGGCUUAGGUAGGCUCCUGCUCCAGAUUUUCUUCUGCAAACCUUUCCUAUCCUGCAAUCCUCAAGCAAGGAGCUUAGAGGGAUUAGUUUCUCCAGGCUGAAGUUGGUCUUUGGUGAAUCUCCUCCCCUAGCCUGCAACCUUUCCAAGUGCUGCAGUCAGCGUGCUUUGGCUGUGUGCUGGUGCUGGCUUUUUGCUAAUGGCUCUUGGAGGUUGCCUUGAACAAAAGGAAUUAAUUUUAAGUGUUGCUGGCAUCUGGCUAAAUCCGAGCCUUUGAGUUAAUUCUCGAGAACCCUGUCUCUAGGAAACUGCUGACAUAAACCUGCAGGAACGUGGUGACUUCUCAGCCUGAGAAAACAGGCGAGGAAGGCACACAUGGGAUUGUGGAGCUUGUCUUGCUUCUGGCUGCUGUCCUUCUCAUUCUCAAACUUAUGUAUGGGAGGGGAAGAAAAAAAAGUUUGUGCACUUGUGAAGUUACAAAAUACACUACAGUCCCUCGAAGCAGCCAUGGUGCCAAGCAGCUGAUCUGUCAGUGCACCUCUGAGCAGGCUGAGCCUUGCUGCAGCCUGUGGGUGUUCAGGGGGCACAGCAGUGCCAGUGCUGCUGGGCUCAGCUGAUGGCACAAGAGGGCUGGUGGGAAUAUAAAGCACUUCUCGUGGUCCAUGCUACAGUGAAUGUCUGAAACACUAAUCUUGCUUGAAAUAUUUUUUACAAAAAUAUUUACGGAAAGAAUUUUAUUUUUCUGAACGUUUUGUGUGAUAAAUGUCUCUUUUUAAGCUCUUACUGGGGGGUGUUUCACCUCUUCAGAGAUUCCAAACGCAGCCGUUGCUGCGGUGUCUGUAAGGCUUGAUGUGUUUACUUUAUUUUAUUUAUUAGUCUUGGUAGUGUUGAAAUAAUUUUCUCUUGGGAAGUCAGAGCAUUCCAAUGAUUACAAAUGUGUUGUAGUGUGAGUGCACCUCACUCUGUGUCCAUGGGGACGUGCUGAGGUGUGCUGAUGCCAGAAGCCUUCACAGCUGUUGGAGAUGGCAGUGAGCAGAACACAGCUGGAGAGCAUUAAUUGCCACGUGAAACCUGUUGCUGUGAUGUACUGCUAUGCUGCAUAGCACAGAAUGUGAAGGUUUGCAAAAGGCUUUAAAAAACUUCUGAAAUGCUGUGAAUUGGGGCCUGCUGCUACUCCUGUGCCAUGCCACUUGAUUCCUGGCUAACUUUUUUCUCAAACUUCUUACAGGUGCUCCUUUUUUCCACCAAAAAAAAAAAAGUAAUAAUGAUAGCCAGCAGCUGGGCUUGGACUCAAAAGGGAAAGCAGGAAAUUGGUUUGUAAGCUUGUGCAGCUCACGAACAAAAGUCAGAACUGGAUGUCACACUACUGAAGAGAAGGUGAAUCUUUCUCAUAUCAGCCUUUAAGAUUUUAGGAAGUACCUAAUUCAGAAUAGCUUGAUAGCUGUGCUGAGUUUGUUCUGUAUGCCAAAUGCAGGGCUUUAAAACACACCUUUUCAACCACAUCCUGGUAAAUGUGGGAGUGCAAUUCCUUUGUAUAGGGAUUGUAUAGGAUGUGACAGAUAUAUGUUGUGAUUAACUGGCAUCAGCUGCUGGAUUCCAUCUGUGUGGUCUCAGGAAUGAGGGGAGCAGUGCUGGGCAGCUUGGCCACAGGUGCAAAGGCCUGAAGGAAAUCCCCAGAGCUGCUGCUGAUGUCAUUGAGGUGUGCAACCUUUUGUUCCUUGGCUGGGACAUGCAAUCAUGCUUCUCCCUUACUUUUGUCUUAUUUUUGGAGGGAGUGCUGUGCUUCAGCUGCACAGCCGACCCCAGACCUGCAGCCCGUGCUCUCUGUAAUGUGCAGCAUCUGAGCUGCUCUGCUAAGUUAGCAGGACUUUGGUGUUUACUGGACUCUGUGCUCUGCAGCACGCACCUUUGUGCAGCGUGGGUGUUCUGCAGAUCACAACCAAAUGGUGCAAUGGUCAAUUACUGCAAUUUCCUGCACACGUGACACAAGCAUUAAUUAUUGUAGCUUUCAGAUUCAUCAGACUUGUCCUGUCAAUGGACUGUAAGGAUCAAAGGCAUUAUUUGCAGCUCAGGAAGGAUGGCAUGAUGAUGAUUUUAUGGGCAAAUUCCCUUCUCUGGUCACCACCACGGUCUGAGAGAAUUACAGUGGAGUAAUGGGGCUGGAAUGUAGAAUUUUGGCCUUUCUUCUAAAACCUUGUUAUCUUUGUUUCAGGAUAGAACGAGAAGACACAAUUACUAGAUGUAAUUAACAAUGAGCAUAGAAUCUGUAUAUAUUGAGACUUUACAGAACUAUGGGGUGGGUGGGGAGGAGGGUGGGAGGAGGGGAUGUCCAGCGCUGGUACGAAGUGGUCACUUUAACAUGAAACCUCUGCCUCAUUGAAUUCAGGGUUUAAUGUACUUGAAGCUCUGCAUUCCUUAUCCAGCUUUUUUUUUUUAAUUUAUACAUCCUUUGUUUUGUAUACGGCAUUGAAGAUGUGUUCACCUCCCUGCUGUCAGCUCUGCUCCUGUGGCACAUGGACUCUGCGGUGCCGCCUGAGCAGCGAUGGCCAUUUUGUGUUUGGUCUCAGCUUUUCCCCCCUCACCCCCCCCGCGUUACCUUCGUGUAGCAAAAUGGUUUGCACUUCUGAUACACUCCUAUCCUUUGGAUGUAUUCACAAUGUUGUUCUAAGGAGGAAGAAAGAAGCUGUUUCCUGUCGUAUCGUGUUGCUGAGCGGCGGAUUCGGGUCCAUGUGCUCCAGCCAGGGGCUCUCAUUGCUGGAGAAGGGGGGAACUGAGUGGAGAUCUGAGCUUUGCACAGGAGAUUAAUGGGAAUGAAUGGGAAUUAAUCUCCUUUGCACAGGUAAUUAAUGUGAAAACAAAAGGGUGCACAGCAUGCAUGACUCCGUGCCGGCUGUGAGCUCUUGGUCCCUUCUCCAGGUGAGGAUGGGAGCCCUGCACUCUCUGCUCUGUGUCUAUUUGGUGCCACUUCUCCUAUCUCACAAAAUGAAGGGAAUGGCAACGACUGCCUGCGGGGAUCCUGGGCCUCACCGCCGACCUUCACAGCGUUGUCAUUUCUGUCCACUUUGUUCCUCUGUACCAAACUUUGUAGGUUCUGUGAGACGUUCUUUUAACGAAAUCACUUUCAGUCUUUACCUGCAAUGCAUCAGCAAGUCACCGAAGUCACUCUAGAGCUGGGAAGCCAACCCGGAGCUCCGGGUGCUGUUCUGGGGUGUUACUGUACCAUGGUUGGUGUUUUGCCACAUAGGCUUUUUGAGAAAUACCAUUUUUGGGGGUUGUGUCGUUCGGCCUACGUUCUCUUGCAUAGUGUGAAGCCUGUAAAGCUCGGUUACCCUGUACAUAGGUAGCUUAUUGUCAGCCAGUUCUAGCGUACUUAGCCUUGCCUGUAAUAUUUUAGCUUCUUACUGAAUGUGUGUGAUGGUAGAACAUAUAAUUUUUGUACAUUAUAUUUACUGAGAUGUUGCCUUUUUUAUUUUACAAAUACUUUGGAAUUCAGAUGUGUUUUUGCUUCCGUGAGGAUUCAUUUGGAAAGGUUUUUAAAUGACAUUCCACCGAUUUGAACUUUUUGCUUGAGGUUGACUUCAAUAAAUCGUUCUGAAUGUUCCAACACCGGCCGCUUUCCCCCUUUCUUCCGGGGCCGGGAUUCGAACUCGCGGCGCCGCACUCCGACCCGGGGCGGGGCCACGUGGUGGUGGGCGCCAUGCGGCGGGCGGGCGCGGCGGGGCUGGCGGCGGAGGCGGCGGUGCGGGCGAUGCUGGCGGCGGUUUGCGCGGUGAUGGAGCUGCUGCCGCCCUUUCAACGCGUGGUGCAGCCCGAGGAGAUGUGGCUCUAUCGGAAUCCCUACGUGGAGGCGGAUCGCGUUCCCACGGCGCCGAUGUUUUUCAUUGCAUUGCUGUCUCCAGUGCUGCUCAUCAUCUUGGCCCGGCUGUUCCUGGGUGCUGACCACGAGGAUACACAGGAGGCGUGCCUGGCUGCCAGCCUUGCUCUCGUCCUCAAUGGAGUCUUCACCAACAGCCUGAAGCUCGUGGUGGGCAGGCCAAGGCCAGACUUCUUCUAUCGCUGCUUCCCAGAUGGACGAGUGAACACAGAGCUGACCUGCACAGGUGACCCCAGCCUGGUGGCUGAGGGACGCAAAAGCUUUCCCAGUGGGCACUCCUCAUUUGCCUUUGCUGGCCUCGCCUUCUGUGCCUUCUACCUGGCUGGGAAACUGCACUGCUUUGCUCCUGGCCGGCGAGGCUCAGCGCUGCAGCUCUGUGCUUUCCUCCUCCCCCUCUUCAUCGCCACACUCAUCGCCGUGUCCCGUACCUGUGACUACAAGCAUCACUGGCAAGAUGUUCUGGUUGGCUCAGCAAUGGGCUUUGUGCUGGCAUACCUCUGCUACAGGCAGUACUACCCUCCUCUGAUGGACUCCGUGUGCCACAAACCAUUUCUGUCUAUAUCUAAACAACUGCCAGCACACCAAGAAAAGCCUGCAGCUUCCAGCUUUCACCUGGAUAUUUAGUGAUGUCACUCUGUAUUCUGCUGGCACCUCUUCUUCUGCACCUUCUGUAGGUGUCCCUUCCUUUGGGCCUGCUGGGAAGUGAGAUCAGCUUCAGCACAUGAGCCUGCAGGGCAGCCUGGCUUCAGAAGGUCCUACAUUGAAAACUGAAGAAAUGUGAUGAUGUGGUGUGACAUGGCUGUGGGUAUCCCUGGGUCGGUCUGCAGCAAAGCACAGUCAGGUCUCCCUUCAGUGCAGCUGAGCUGCCCCCAUCCCUUCCCAUGGGAUGCGUGUGUCAAAGUGAAGGGCAGAACCUGUUGUGUUGCCAGGGUUAAAUGCAUCUCAUCAGUCAGAGAUGAACUAAUUUGGAGUAAUGAACACAAAGCUGCAGCCUUUAACCGUGGAUUGAGUGGGUGAGACAGAAGAUGCAACUAGCAUGAUUGUUAUUUGUGUUAUUGUGCUGGCUCUUUUUUUCUUCUUAAUUUGGCAAAUAAAGGAGUUUAAAUUUUAAUGAGCUGUGGUACCAAAAGCUUCCUUUAGUGGCUGGGUCUGGGACCAUAUAAGCCAAUGCACCUGGGUAUGUCUGCAUGGCUUCCUAGGCAGGUGCUUAUUUGCUAUCUUUCUCCUUGCAGCUUUAACACAGUUGUAAGGAGGAAUCUAAGCACAGCUUUCUGGCAGGACUGCUGUAGGUUAAUGGUUUCUCAGUAAUCUCCACCAUCCAUGGGAGUGUUCUGUGUCACACGCGCGUGUGCAAACUGCAAGGUGAGACCAGCAGAGCGAGAGAUGUGUGCCUCUGCCUCUCAAGCUCAGCAAACAACAGUAACUGAUGUGUCAUCAGUUUG